GUACGUUCUUGUUAUUUCAAUUUAUUAACAUUUACAUCAAUAAUUGUCUACCUAUAGCGUAGUUGGAAAAAAGUAAAGCUUAUUACUAUGGGUAAAACAUCAAAAGAUAAAAGAGAUAUCUACUAUAGGUUAGCUAAGGAAGAAGGAUGGCGAGCCAGAAGUGCAUUUAAAUUGCUACAAAUUAAUGAAGAACACAACAUAUUUGAAGGAGUACUCCGCGCCGUGGAUCUCUGCGCCGCUCCCGGUAGCUGGAGCCAAGUACUGACAAAGAAACUUCGACAGAAUGCUCAAAAUGAAGAUGAAGUUAAGAUAGUGGCCGUCGACUUGCAAGCUAUGGCGGCUCUGCCGGGCGUCAAACAAAUACAAGGCGACAUAACCAAGGUGUCGACUGCUAACGAAAUAAUUAAGGAAUUUGAAGGAUUAAAGGCAGAUUUAGUUGUUUGUGAUGGAGCCCCAGAUGUGACCGGAUUGCAUGAUAUUGACGAGUAUGUCCAAUCACAGCUUCUCCUAGCAGCUUUGAAUAUUACUACACAUGUUCUCAAAGAUGGAGGUGUAUUUGUGGCUAAAAUCUUUAGAGGGAAAGAUGUGUCACUCUUAUAUUCACAGCUGAAGCAGUUUUUCAAGUUUGUUACUGUCAGCAAGCCGAGGAGUUCAAGAAAUUCAAGUAUUGAAGCCUUUGUGAUAUGUCAGAACUACCAGCCACCGGAAGGCUAUGUGCCAACCAUGGUGAAUCCUCUGCUUGAUCACAAGUACUGUGAUUUCAAUCAGUUCACUGGCCCUAACAGAUAUAUUGUGCCCUUCAAUGCAUGUGGGGACUUAAGUGCAUAUGACUCUGAUACCUCAUAUCCUUUACUGUUGGAUGGACAGUCAUCUUAUGAAUAUAAGGAACCAGUUCAGGGCCCUAUCAAUCCACCUUACAAAGAAGUAUUAGACAAGACAAAAAAUUUACAGUUACAGAACAAAUAUUUCUUAGCAAAAAAGACAUUUUACGGACCGACAAAAAAGGAACCAGUAUGGGUAUAUUUGGAGAGAGAAAUGCAACAGAAUGCAGACAGAAAACCUUACAACGAAAAAGUGGGCGACUGGCUUAAGUUUUUGCGAGACAUGAAACGCUUUUUUUAUCAGGAAAGUAAAAAGCAAGAAAGAAUACUGAAAAAGGAAAUUGGUCCACUUUGGUACGUGGAAAUGUCAGGAUAUCAGAAAGACGUUCUUAAGGAAUUAGUGAAGAACAUCCACUAUGACUUGAUUGAAAACCUGCCCACACGGACUCGAAAAUCCUUAUCAGAUUUAGGCCUCAGCAGGAGCAUACCCAAGUCUGUUUUAAUGAAAUGUAUGAACGAGGCUGGCGAGGACGCAGCAGUAUUUAUUUGGAAGUUAUACACUGCAAUUUAUAAUCAAUCGCCCAGUGAACCUCGGGGAGAAUACGAUAUGGACGGAAUGAUUCUUAUGUCAGCGCUGGUCUUUAUUGACUAUGAUGAAUGUGUAGAAUCUUUAAGAGAGUUAACGAAGCCAGUAAAGGAAUCACCCGAACCACCGAAGAAGAAAGGUAAAAAGACUAGCAAUUAUGCAGACGACCGGUACGGAAUGUAUUUGGAGCGAACUACUAUACCUGUGUACUGUAGACACCCGUCUCCGCAGCGAGGGCAGAGAGUCAACAAGCCGCAGCCCCGAAUGGAGAAAAAGAUCACGAUUAGGAGUGAUGAUAGCUAUGAAGAAUUAAGAAUGGAUAAUAAGUUCCUUGAUAAAAGACUGCAAAGAUGUGUAAAAGCGAAACAAGCGGAAAGGAUUUGCACUUACAAAUUUUGGGAGCCACCCGUUUAUCUUCGUAGCACUAGCCCGGGUAUGGCGGAAUAUUAUAAGAAGUUAAAGUUACUACAAAAGUCAGCACGAGUUCAACAUGCGAGUCCUAUAGAUAACGUACAAUUUAACGUGGGAACUGUCGCUUUAGUAGGGGGACAACCACGUUAUAUUUUAAACAAUAUUGUUUUAUUACCGACUGGAUACAUAGCUAUCAAUGGGGGAACAAGCUCAUUCUCCACUGGAGAAUACUUGACAGUUAUAGAUGGACACUGGAGGUACCCAGUGGAAAAAGAAGAAAAAUGCGAUCCUGAUUGUGACUGCUUGAAAUGGGAACCAACCGUGUUAAAACAUUUAGAAAAAUCCAAAUGCAAGUGCGGUCACCUUUACGAUUUCUACCACGAAGGGAAAUCUAAGGAGAAGUACUUCUACCAGCCGAUGAAAGAGAUGCCAAUGUGGUUCGACGAAGCUAAAAUAUACCAGAUGGAUCCAACAGAGGAUUUCAUAAAAGACACGGUUAUAAUGGCAGAAAGGUCUCAGGAUCCAACGCCGGUUCCGUCCCAUCCUGAAUUGUCGGCAGGUGGUAUAAAACCGAAGGCUCUACUACAGUCGUUCCUUGCCGAUUUAUCUGGGACCCCGCUAGUGAUCCCCCACCUACCUCAAGCGGAACUCCUGAACAACCUGCAAGAGCUCGUCAGAAAACGCUUCAACGGCGAGCUGGCUCCAGAGACUCACAAGCUUUCAGUAGUCCGGUCGUUGCGGCGAUGGUUGUGGCUCAAGCAUAUGGACUUCAGAGAGCGAGCUUACAUGAUACCCUUUACGAAGCACGAGCUUGAGAAUAUUACUUGGGCGGAUAGGCAGAAUCUGCAGUACCUAUUUGAGACCCUGCUGCGAGAUUUCACAGCGAGGAAUAGAUUGCGCCAGCUGGAACAGACGCGUCUUUGGUGGUCCACUAUGAAGUUCGAUAGAUACCCCAGCCAAGCUUUCUUGGAUCUCUACUUCACGUACAUGCCGGGCAGAUCAAAGGAUGUUUAUGUUUUUAACCCAUUCAAUGCUGAGCUCACUCCAAAUGACAUUUUCAAGACUUGCCCACUUUCGUGAUUAUUUUUUAGAACAUUAAGUAUCGGUACAUACAUAUAAGUAGUAUAGUUUGUCUACUGUGUGUACAAGUCUAAUAGCUAUGAUUUGUAUUGUGGGUAAUAAAUAUCAUAUAACAUGUCGAUGUCAUGUCAUAACUAAAUUUGUUGUUUUGUACAUAUUUUGUACUUAUUUUAGUUAAGUAGGACUAAAUUAACUUCAUACGAGUAGGUAAUUCAAUGUCAGAUUUAACGGUUGGAGUCCUUGUAUACUUACUAUUUAUUUGAAACGAUUAAUUUGCAUA